ACCCAGCCGGUGGUGGUGGCUUUUUCUGUGGGUUCAUCUAGGGAUCUAGGGGCCCGCAGUGCAAAGGAGGUGUGCUCUCCCUCCUCCCCAAAGACAUUCCCCAUUGCUGGUUGCUUCCCUGGGCCCGAGACCCUGGCCCCGUUGGGCAAAGGACGCACCCCCUCCUGGCUCAGGCCUGGGCAAGGUGCAGGAGGAGGCCUUCUGCAACACCAACCGCUGGGCUUCCGGUCCCUAUGGGCCCCGCCCCCUCCCCCUAGCCUGCCAACUGGGGGCCCCUUUCCAAGGCACCUUUCUCCCUCGGGGCGGCCACCAUGGAGUCCUCGGGGCUCCCGCCCUGGACCUGCCUGUCUUCACUCAUCUUUCUGCUGCUGGGCUGCGGUCUGCCCCUGCCAGGUGCACAGGGCCAGGAGUUCUUUCUUCGAGUGGAGCCCCAGAACCCAGUGUUCCCUGCCGGAGGGUCCCUCUUGGUCAACUGCAGUACUGACUGCCCGGAUCCUAAACCCAUCUUUCUGGAGACUUCGCUGUCCAAGGAGUCAGCGGGCAGUGGCCUGGGCUGGGCCGCCUUCCAGCUCAGCAACGUGACUGGUGACAGCCAGAUCUUCUGCUCCGUCUUCUGCAAUGGCUCCCAGAUUACAGGCAGCUCGGACAUCACUGUGUACCGGUUCCCGGAGCGCGUGGAGCUGCAACCCCUGCCCCCCUGGCAGCCCGUGGGUGAGAACCUCACCCUGCGCUGCCUGGUAGAAGGAGGUGCGCCGCGGGCCCACCUCGCAGUGGUGCUGGUCCGUGGGGAGGAGGAGCUGAGCCGGCAGCCAGCCAUCGGGGAGCCCGCUGAGGUCACGGCCACGGUGCUGGCCGGCAGAGGGGACCACGGUGCCAAUUUCUCCUGCCGCACUGAGCUGGACCUGCGGUCCCAAGGGCUGGAACUGUUCCAGAACACCUCUGCCCCCAGGCAGCUCCGAACCUUUGCUCUGCCCAUGACCCCCCUGCACCUCAAGGCUCCCCGGUUGUUGGAGGUGGGAACAUCGGGCCAGGUGCAAUGCAAGCUGGACGGAUUAUUUCCAGCCUCGGAGGCUCAGGUCCAGCUGGUGCUGGGGUACCAGAUGCUGGUUCCUGAAGUCAGAAGCCAUGGGGACAGUCUCAUGGCCACAGCUAUAGUCACAGCACACACCGAUCAGGAAGGUGUCCAGGAGGUCGAAUGCAACGUGACGCUGGCGGACCAGAGUCUGAAGGCCAGGGCGAACCUGACUGUCUUUAAUUUUCUAGGGCCUAGAGUAAACUUCAGCGAGCCCAGCGUCUCCGAGGGUUCCAUGGUGACUGUGAUUUGCACGGCUGGACCCCAGGUCCAGGUCAUGUUGGACGGGGUUUGGGCCACAGCCCCGGGUCAGCCCGCCCAGCUUCAGCUAAACGCCACCGAGAGCGACGACGGGCGCAGGUUUUUCUGCCAGGCCACGCUCGAGGUGGAUGGGGAGACCAUGCACAAGAACGAGAGCGCCCAGCUGCGUGUCCUGUAUGGGCCCAUGAUUGAUGAAGCCAAGUGUCCCCAGCGCUUGAAGUGGAAAGAUAAAACUACUCAUACCCUGCACUGCCAGGCCCGGGGCAAUCCGGUCCCCCAGCUACAGUGUUUUCAACAAGGCUCCAUGCGCGAGGUGCCCGUCGGCAUCCCAUUUAUUGUCAAAUUAAGCCAUAAUGGUAUUUAUCACUGCCAAGCGGCCAGCCCGCGGGGCACGUACACCCACGUGGUCGUGAUGGAUGUUCAGGAUCGACGCCCCGUCACUGCCAGCAUCAUCAUCGGGGUGUUAGCGGCCGUGGGCGUGAUAAUUAUCGCAGUGGCCUUGAAGUACGCUUUCAGGAUGCAGAAACGGAGUGGCAGCUAUUAUGUGAAACAGGAGACCACCUCGCUGCCCCUCAGGAAUAUGCAGCCCAACGAGGCGAGGGAGGAAGAGUCAUCCUGAACUGCGGGACACCUGGAUCUAGGGCCCAAGCCGCCAGGGGUUUUGGCUGUAUCCCCGGAUUCCGCACUAAUAAAGCCUUUAAAUUCC